AGCAGUUUCCGGCUGUUAGUUGUAACUCUCCUUUCGUCUCUUCAGGCGGUGUACUUUUAGCCUUUCCGCGGAGAUCCGGGGCUCUCUUCCAGCUGUUGGAGGAAAGAAAGAAAAGAAAGGGUUUAUUUUUCUCUUGAAAUCCCUUGGCCUAAGCCGCAGCUUACAAUUUCUGUGGACAUCUUAUCGAAAAUUUAGUAGAGGAUUGAAGAGUGAAAUAAUUUUAACUUAUUGCUAAGGGUCCUUUGAUUUGGGGUUCUGUUUUUCCUCCCUCGUUUUUAACUCCUAAGCCAACCCAGCCCAAUUAUGGUGAUGUUCAAGAAGAUCAAGUCUUUCGAGGUGGUCUUUAACGACCCCGAAAAGGUGUACGGCAGUGGGGAGAAGGUGGCUGGCCGGGUGAUAGUGGAGGUGUGUGAAGUCACUGGAGUCAAAGCUGUCAGGAUCCUGGCUUGCGGAAUGGCCAAGGUCCUGUGGAUGCAGGGAUCCCAACAGUGCAAACAGACAUUGAACUACCUGCGCUACGAAGACACGCUUCUCCUGGACGAUCAGCCAACAGGUGAGAAUGAGAUGGUGAUCAUGAGACCUGGAAACAAAUAUGAAUACAAGUUUGGCUUUGAGCUUCCUCAGGGGCCUCUGGGAACAUCUUUCAAAGGAAAAUAUGGGUGUGUAGACUACUGGGUGAAGGCUUUUCUUGAUCGCCCCAGCCACCCAACUCAGGAGACAAAGAAAAACUUUGAAGUGAUGGAUCUAGUGGAUGUCAAUACCCCUGAUUUACUGGCACCUGUGUCUGCUAAAAAGGAGAAGAAAGUUUCCUGCAUGUUUAUUCCUGAUGGGCGGGUGUCCGUCUCUGCCCAAAUAGACAGAAGAGGAUUCUGUGAAGGUGAUGAGAUUAACAUCCAUGCUGACUUUGAGAAUACGAGUUCCCGCAUUGUGGUCCCCAAAGCUGCCAUUGUUGCCCGCCACACUUACCUUGCCAAUGGCCAAACCAAGAUGCUGACGCAGAAGUUGUCAUCGGUCAGAGGCAAUCAUAUUAUCUCAGGAACUUGCGCAUCAUGGCGUGGCAAGAGCCUUCGGGUGCAGAAGAUCAGGCCUUCUAUCUUGGGCUGCAACAUCCUUCGAGUUGAAUACUCCUUACUGAUCUAUGUUAGCGUCCCUGGCUCCAAGAAAGUCAUUCUUGACCUGCCCCUGGUAAUUGGCAGCAGGUCAGGCCUCAGUAGCCGGACAUCCAGCAUGGCCAGCCGAACCAGUUCUGAGAUGAGUUGGGUAGAUCUAAACAUCCCCGAUACCCCAGAAGCUCCUCCUUGCUAUAUGGAUAUCAUUCCUGAAGAUCACCGAUUGGAGAGUCCCACUACUCCUCUGCUAGAUGACACAGAUGGUUCUCAAGACAGCCCUAUUUUUAUGUAUGCUCCUGAGUUCAAGUUCAUGCCACCACCUACUUACACUGAGGUGGAUCCCUGCAUCCUCAACAACAAUGUGCAGUGAGCAUGUGGAAGAAAAGAAGCAGCUGUACCUACUUGUUUCUUUUCAUCUCUCCUCCCGGACUCGUACUUUUUUAGAGACUCAGCAGUCUCUACAGUGGGGUACCGGUCCACCCCAGCCUCUGACUCUCCAGUGUAGGAGGUGAUCAGCAUGCAAUCUCCUGGGCUUUAAUGGGUGCACACUCGUCCUCAGCCAGUGAGAUGUGAUACGGGGUAUUUUGCUGGAUGGGUUUAAAAACAUACUAGAAAAAUUCAGGCCAAUCCCAUUUUCUUAAAUCUCUUUGAAAAUUGAGGCAUUUUCAGUAGUUUUGAAUAAGGGGUAGAAAUGGCCUCCUGGCAUGGUCUUCCCAGUGUUUUAUGGAGGGGAUUAUAGAUUGGUAUAACAAUAGACCUUGAACCUCUGCCAUGUAGAGGAGAGCCAAUUUAGCAAACCAGGCAAAUGAAAAGGAAAAAAAUCACGGCCAAAACUUUGGGAAAAGGAUGUUCUUAAAAUCGUUGGUUUGUACACUUAUAGAAAAAAGAAAAUCCCUCCAGAGCUGAUUUGGUUUGGACUUUGGAGUGAGCUUCCCAUGUGGAUUAAAGGGAAGAAGCUCAAAGGUCUUUGUCUUUGUUCAGAAAGUACUUUAAUCAGGUAUAAAGUGGUAGUAACUGUACCCCACCAAAGGUCUUAAAAGCCAUUUUUAGAGCCUUUUGCACUGUGUUCUCCUGUUGGCAAACAUUUUCACGUGGGAGAAUGUGUUUUUCUUUUCAUGUGACUCCUUGGAAUUGAUUCUGAGGUGAUGUUCUUAGCACUUUAGUUUGUGUCAAAUUUGGGAUUUUUUUCCUUUCUCAAGUGUAAGCUAAAACUGGUCUACUAUGUCUCUAGGGGUAAGCACAAUGACAAAAAAAAAAGUGUUACUGCUUUUGAGACUUUGUCCUAGUGUACAGAAUUCUGCAAUUCUGACACUCUAAUUAUAUGAGAAGGGUUGCUGCUAUCAGCCUUGCCCACUGUGACUUCUCCAAACCCAAGGAGGAACUCUAAAUCAAAAUGCCCCAACACUGUGAUCAGAGCAUACAGAUGUUGCCAUGAGAAACUAGAGGGCAGGUCUUCACAAAAGCUGUGCGGGCUCCCUUCCUGCCCAGUGUUAGGAGACAGGGAUGUUGACAGCCCCUCUCUCACUGCAGCCUCUAGCACUUGCUCAGUCUCCCUCAGCCUUAGCACUUUGUUCACUGUCCUGUGUCAGAGCACUGAGCUCUAUCUUCCUUUUCCUGAGAAAGUAUGUGGGCUGAAGGUGGUUUCAUUCUUUUGUUGUUUUUUAAUUGUAUAUCUUUUUGUAUGACAAAAACUAUAUUUUGUACUUAACCAGAUAUAUUUUUUCACCCCAGGUGGGGGUAUUCUUUGUAAAAAAUAAAUAAAAUAAAGUUUUUUUUAAUGGCAAAAAA